UGUGGUUGUGAGUAAGAUAUAGGCGCCAUAUUUUGUCGGUGUAUAUUUUUAAAAAUUAUUGAUUAUUUCAUAAAGCAGUAAUUUUAUGUUUUUUGUUUUUCUGAAAAACGAUAAGAUGUUUUUGAGAAACACCAAGUUUUAGAAAUUGUUUGUAUUUGUUCAGUCUUAUUCUAUUUAAUGUUGGGAGUUCUUUUAUAGAACGACAUUGUCCUUGUAUGUGUUGGUAACAGAAAUGCGCUUGGCCGCUUGGUGCGCAACGCCUGUAAACGGAAACGUUUUAAGAGUUUUUGGAUCGAUUAAGUGAGUGAAAACGUGAAGAAGACUUAUUUAGUGUUUCUUUUAUAAAAUCGAUUGUGUUAAAGUCACCUAUGUCGACAAAUUUAAUCAGUAGAUGUGAAAUUUUUCAAUUUCUAAGCAAAUGACGUAGUUUAAAUCUUACACAACUUAAUUCAAUCGAAACGUCUGCUAACAAAAGCAUUUUUCGCCUAAAAAGUGUGUUUAGUCUAGAGCUAAGAUGGAAAGGAAUAAAGACUGUUUUAGGGGUAAAAGUAUGUCCAUAUCUCCAGACAAUCGAAGAAUUUCCCCUGAUUACAUCGAAAGAAGUCGAUCACGUUCGAAAUCUCCACACUAUCGUAAACAUAAUGGCUACAAAUCUCAUAAAACCAGUAAGUUAAAUCGUUAUGAGUACAAUGUAGAAGAAAAGGGCAGACACGACAGUGACUACGACAGUGAUAGAAGCUAUGGAAAAAGAGAAUCGCCGUGGGAGCCCCGGAGUAACCGCCGAAGCAGAUCAAGGAGUCGCGAAAAAGACCGUUUUCACCGCGAUAGAGACUAUGACUCGUAUAAAGAAAGAGACCAUCGAAAGACUCGUGAUCGAAGAUCUCAUAGUAAUUCUAGGUGGGAAAGAAAAUCCGUUGAAAGAAAAGCUAGGGACCGUGAAAGGUCUUACCGUGAUGAUGAUAGGGAUAGUGUCGAUAGUGAGCGAAGCCCAAAUGGAGCAGUGAUAGGUGCAAGUGGCUCCGAAAUCAUUGGAUACAAAAGCCAACCCCCAAAUAACACUAUAAUGAUUAGAGGACUUGCUCUACAUAUUACCGAAAAUGAUAUUCGCCAAGAUAUAAUGCAAGCAGGAUUAAUGCCAAAGGACAUCAGACUCAUAAGGAAAAAAGAUACAGGUACAUCACGCGGUUUCGCCUUUGUCGAGUUUACUACGCUAGCUGAGGCCACUCGUUGGAUGGACAUGAAGCAGGGCAUCCUCAUGCUUCACGACAACUAUCGUGCUAUUAUGCAAUAUAGUAUUCCAAAGGAACUUUGCCAGAGCUCAGAAAAGCCCCCUUCACACAAGGCAUCAUCUGAUUGGUUUUGUAUAAAGUGUGGGGCCCAGAAUUUUAAGAGAAGAGACAACUGCUUCAAAUGUCAUGCUUCCCGCACAGAAAGUGAAGAAGGUGGAAGUGGUAGCGAUGAAGUUUGUAACUAUGCUACCAAAACCAUCAUGUUAAGAAAUCUGGAUGCUUUAACUACAGAAGACUCAGUUAUGCAAAUUUUGAAUACAGAAGUUUCCGAUUUGGUGAAAACUAUAAGUGGAGUAUGUAUUGGCAGAGACCCCUUAACAUCAACCUCUAGAGGAAUUUGUUAUUUGGGUACCGAAAGUACAGUAGAUGCCUUAGCAUUACAUGGUGCCUUAGCUAAUUUAAACCCACCUUUAACUAUAGAUGGAAAAACAGUUAUUAUUUCUUAUUGCAAGUACAAAAUGGGUGACACAAAAAAAGCCUAUGACCAGGCAGAAAGUGCUGCUUUUCCAAAUGCAGCUCAGCCAAGUACCUACGCCCUCAGUGAUGUGGAUAGGUUGGCAGAAUAUUCAGCUAGUCGUUACGCGAAAACAGUAGUUGAAUAUCAUCAGUUUUAUGACUAUUAUAAGACAUACUUUACACAUCAAAUAAAUAAUGGACAUUCCAUCACGUUGCAAGAAAAUCAAAUGGAUGCCGCAAAUGCAGCCGCUGCUGUAGCACAGUCUGCAAUUCAACAGAUGCAAGCCAGUAAAACAUUCUACGACUCCACGCACAUGACAGUACCUACUGGCACCGAUGGAAAAAAAUACCCUAUACCAGAUAGUACAAAAUUUACUUACGAUAAGAGCAGUGGAUAUUACUAUGACGUGACUACAGGACUGUAUUAUGAUCCUAAUUCGACUUAUUACUGGAAUAGUGUCAUUCAAAAGUACCUUUAUUACGAUCAAGAUAAGUUGACGUACGCCUUGGCUCCUGCUUAUGAUUCAUCCUACACAACUUUUCAAACACCAGUAGAAAUAACAGCAGAACCAGAAACGAAAAAGAGCAAAUCUGAGAAACAAGACAAAGUAAAAGUUGCCAAAAAGAUAGCAAAAGACAUGGAGCGUUGGGCGAAAACUUUGAAUCAGAGGAAAGAGACAUCUACGACUAUUAAGAAUAUAGAUGUCGGUGGGGCCCUUGGAAUCGCAACUACAGCAGCUGCUGAUAUUGGGUACUCCGUAUUGGAGAAGAAGAAUGGUUCAAAUUCUUCUAUAGUUGCGACGAGUUUUAAACCAGAGGUGCCUGUUGUAGAGGCUCCGGUUCAGGCAACGCCACUAGUAGCUGCAUAUGGGGGAGAAAGCGAAUCUUCAGGCGAAGACGAAACACCUAUGGACGACUUGGAGUUCUUGGAUUACACGAAACUAAUAUGUAACCUUUGUAAACGUCAGCUAAGUUCGGCAGAUGCUUUAACGAAACAUGCGAAAUUGUCCAACUUGCAUAAACAGAAUUUGAUUGCGAAAAAGGGAGGAUUGUCUAAAAGUGACAGUUCUGGCUUAAAGAUCGUGUAUAGGGAUAGGGCAAAAGAAAGAAGAAUGAAGUAUGGUGAUACUGAUGAACCUCAACCGAGCAAGUUGAAAGAAAAGUAUUUAAAAACUAGAGAGUUGGUUGAUAAUCUUCCACCUCCUUCAGCGUCUGUUAUGGAACCAAUUGGUUCUGACAACGUAGGUAACCGACUUCUUCAGAAAAUGGGAUGGAUGGAAGGACAAGGUCUUGGCAAAACCAAUCAAGGAAGAACUACAAUCAUUCAGGCAGAACAACGCAAUAGUACAGUCGGUUUAGGCAAUAAAUCCUAUUCCGCUGUAGCUGGUGAAUCAUACAAAGACUGUGUUAAAAAAAUGAUGUAUGCUCGUUACCAAGAACUUUCCGAAAAAGAAUAAGUGCUUCAAUUAGUUAUCGUGCCAAAUUCGAUGUUUAUUUUUACAUAGAUAUUAAUUUAACAAUCUUCCAUUACAGAUUAAUUUAGUUUUUUAAGUCUUUCGACUGCGAUGUAUAUAGAAAAAAAAUUUAUGGUUCUGACCAAGUUUAUUUCAUGAUUGACGAGUUUUAAAAAAUAGAAGAGUUCAAGAUAACGUUCAUACCAUUUUAAAGAGGUAGAACGAUGUUAUUACUUCUUGUUUUGUACAGUACAAUCGCGAUAGUAUGAACCCAAGUAGACAAUAGCUGUUUACAUUAUCGAUUUUUGAAAUUCAUUUGUAUGAAAUUAAGACAUAGACUGUCCUUAAAAAAGAUACGGGCUAAUUUUCGAAGCGGUGAACUG